AUGAACUCCCCAACCCCUCAUUUUCCGCAAUCGGCGGAAAAUACAGAUGGCAAUCAAGCAACGCGACAAGAAACACACAAUUGUUUACAAGGACCGCAACUGAAGCCUGGAAUCAAACCUUCGGCGCCGACUGAACGACGUGAACCUGAAAUUCGGUGUCUGUCACAAACGGUGUCAGCAAUGACAAACCCCUGCCGGAAGCGGGACUUGAUAGGCGUGUCAACGGUGAAUGAAAACAAUGGGUCGUCAAUGAAACCAACCUAUCCUUCUCCUUCACUUCCUCAAGAGGAAAGGAAUCAUGUUUCGGGCUCAUCUGAUCGAGCGCCUCUGGCAGACGCAACAGUAGAUCAACAACAGAUUAAGCAGGUCUCGAUCUCUAGACCAGUUAGUCUGAUGUCGAUUCGUCCCCAAGGAUGGGAAAACAAUUCGCACUCGAAAGACUUGCAGAAGAAAGACAAUUUGACAAAGCAGCAAUCGGCAUCUUUGCGAUCGAGUGAGCCACCAAUUGAGUUACCGGGCGAGCCAAGCUUACCAAAAGAGAUAUCAUUUACGAUGAAUGAUGUUAAGCCUAUAGAAGAUGGGCAUCGCAAGGAUCUGGUUCGACAUGCAAGCUUACAAAAACCGCUUCUCAAUGGGUGGACGCUAUUUCCUCACCAAAAGAAAUCAGUUCUUCAGGGAAUUAUUCGACGAAGAAUGGUCCUUGCCUUGGAUAUGGGUCUUGGGAAAACACUGAUUGGUUGUGUUUGGGCGCGUUCUUUCAAAUCAACUUUUGAUGAUCUUAAAGUUUUCAUUGUCUCCCCAGUCUCCCUUAAAGCGGAAUGGAAGAGAACAGCAGAAGAUGCAACUGGUCUCAAGGUUGAAGACGAAAAAGCAAAUAGAAAUGAUGAAUCGCUGGACCUUAGAAUCUGUAGUUGGGCUAAGGUGCCAACGAAAGUGGCCAAGUGUGCCAAGCGUUACGUAGUUGUCUUCGAUGAAGCUCAUUCCAUGCAAUCCAUGACUUCUUCCCGCACAAAGGACUCGUUGAAGCUUGUCCUAGACGAAAGAUGCAUAGGUGUGUUGCUUCUGACAGGUACGCCGAUGAAAAACGGAAAACCAAGUAACCUUUUCCCACUUCUCAGGGCGGUAAGACACCCAUUGGGAAAGAACCAAAUGGCGUACGAGAAGCAUUUUUGUGGUGGAAUCUUGAAGAGUUUUGGUCGUGGCAAGCCUCUUUGGGACGCAAACGGCUGUGCAAACCUGAAGCAACUAAAGCGCCUGGUUUCUUCAAACCUGCUUCACCUAACCAAGGAACAGUGCCUCACAUUGCCGCCACUAAAGCGUCAUCGAUAUGAAGUACCAAUCAGUCACAGAAACCAGUUGCAAUACAUCCAAGCAGUAAAGAAUCUCGCUAGUCUUCAAGAAGCGUCAUUUGAAAAGACGGACAUGGGAGAAGCGGUUCUGGGCGGUGUUCAAAAGUUACGUUGCCUUUGCUCCUUCGCCAAAGUUGGAGCAACCGUAGAGUUAGCUCAGAAAAUUCUUGAAGAAGAGCCAUCAGUUGUGAUAUUUACUAGCUUUGCCGAAGUAGCAAAGAAUAUCUACGGACAACUUUCCUCGAAUGGAUGGGAAGGAGAGUUGUUGACUGGGGAGACGCCUCAAAAGAAACGGCAAGCUCUGGUGGAUAGGUUCCAGGCCGGUAAUUCUCCUGUUUUUGUCAGCACCUUUGGCGCGGGCGGAGUUGGUUUGACGUUGACAGUUGCAUGCUCUAUUAUCCUUCUAGAUAGGCCAUGGACUCCUGGUGAUACCCGGCAAGCCGAAGAUCGGAUCCGCAGGAUCGGGCAAACUAAAAAUGUGAAGUCAUACUGGAUGACAGGUUUCGAGCUUGACAAACAAAUCGAUGAUAUGAUAGAGUCCAAGGAAGCGGCUUCCAAGGCUGUGCUUGCAGAAGGAGGAGUAUCCAUGGGACCGGCAGCAAAAAUCAACAUUCCGCGACUUCUUCAGUCUUUGAUCGCCAAGGUGAAUUAA